AUGUUCUGGCUUCUGAGCUGUUUCGCCCUUCUGGCCACCUCACUUGGCUGCGGUGUGCCCACAAUUAAGCCACAGGUUAGUGGAUACAACAAGAUUGUGAAUGGAGAGAAUGCAGUUUCUGGUUCCUGGCCUUGGCAGGUGUCUCUGCAGGAGAGUUCUGGUUUCCACUUCUGCGGAGGUUCCCUUAUCAGCCAGUACUGGGUUGUCACUGCUGCCCAUUGCCGUGUUGUUGCUGGACGCCACUAUGUUGUCCUCGGGGAGCAUAACCGUGGGUCUAAUGCAGAGUCGGUCCAGAGGAUGCGUAUUGCUAGGGCCAUCACUCACCCUUACUACAACUCCCAGAAUUUUAACAAUGACAUCACACUGCUGAGGCUGUCCAGUCCAGCCCAGAUCACAUCCCGCGUGUCUCCCGUCUGCCUCGCUACCAGCACCACCAGUAUCCCCUCUGGCACCCGCUGUGUCACCACAGGUUGGGGAAGAACUGGGACUACAUCAAGCCCUAAUAUCCUGCAGCAAACCGCUCUCCCCCUGCUCAGUCCAGCUCAGUGUCGUCAGUACUGGGGCCAGAACAGGAUCACUGAGGCCAUGAUCUGUGCAGGAGCUUCUGGAGUCUCCUCCUGUCAGGGUGACUCUGGUGGCCCUCUAGUCUGUGAGAACAGAGGGGUCUGGACUCAGGUGGGUAUAGUGUCCUGGGGAACCAGCAACUGCAACGUCCGUGCCCCAGCCGUCUACGCCCGCGUUUCAUAUCUGCGCCGCUGGAUCGAUCAGACUGUGGCUUCCAACUAA